GCACACCGACGCAUAUAUCUUUUUGUUUUUUAUUUUAUAUUAAAUAAUUUAAUAAUAAUGCCUUAGAUGCAUUGAUGCCGUGCGAGGAUCAGCAGCAGGAUGGCAUACAUCAACAUCGCCGAGUGGACGCCCGACCAGGUGACGGACUGGAUAAGGGGUCUGGAUGAGUCCAUGAAGGGGUAUUUGUACGAGUUCGCCAAGCAGGAGAUCGGCGGACGGGCGCUGCUCAACAUACGGCCUUAUGAGCUGGAGAAUCUGGGCAUGCUGCGCAUCGGCCACCAGGAGAUCGUGCUGGAGGCGGUGGAGAAUCUGCGGAAUUUCCACUAUCACCUAAAAAACGACAAUCUGCAGUUUAUGGCGUUGCAUGUCGCGACGGCCGCACGAAAUUUGCACCGUGAGCUGGCCAAGAACCAUGCGGACAGCACCAAGAUCGAUACUCGGAUUCUGCAUGACAUUACGCGGACGAUAGCCACUCUAAAGCCGCUGGUGGGCAGCUUGGAACGGACGCCGUUCCGCAAGCAGGAGAUGUACCGCGAGUAUUGUGGCAACGUCCUAAAACGUGGCCUGGAGCUGGCCACCAUAGCGCACCGCGAUCGGUUCGCCGUCCAGCCGGUGCACGACAUUCGGCACUUGGCGGAGAAACUAGAGAAACUAGCGAAUUUCAUCAUCCAGGACAUAUCCGAUCCGAUGGUGCUACAGCCCGCCUCCCUUAACCUCGUGACGCUGAAGAAACGGGAGUCCGAGCUGGGCUUCAACAUUGAGUCCAGUUACAAUGGCAUCCAUCGCGUCACCGACAUCAAGAGCAACUCCCCGGCCCACAACUCGGGGAAGAUCGAGGACGGCGAUGAGAUCGUCCAGAUUAACUACCAAACUGUGGUCGGAUGGCAGCAUCGCACCGUGCUGGAGCACCUGCGCGAAGCUCUGCCCGAUGUGGUGCUUACUGUUAAGAAGCGGCCCAAGCACACCAAGAUGUUCGGCCAGAUCUAUAUGCAGCCGUACCGGCUGCCCAGCAAGAAGCGCAACAUGGCCAGUCGCUGGGCGGAGCAGAUGCCGAGUCCCAGGACCGCCUUCCUCACCCUGGACACGGAUCGAGCGGCAACUGGAGGUGGAGUGGGAAUCGGAAUCGUAAACACAGUGCCAGACUCUGGUCUGGGAAAGUCGCUGAGCAGUGAGAAGAGCGGAGAGGAUCUGGUUAAGGUCAAUCCGACGGCGGUUUCCUCCGCCUCCGAUUCGGACUCCAGCUGCAGUGACAUUCCCACGCCCACGGAUCUCAAGUCGGCGGCGCGAGAGAUUCGUUUGUAUUACCCCAAGCCCAGGGCCUUGCUGCAGCGUCGCAACACCAUCUGCGGGGAUGAGUUUCUUAGUUUGAAGCACUCGGAUCUGGUGGUACCGUCGUGGCACGAACGAAAGCCGGGCGUUGGCUCUUCGGCGGCCUGCGAUCCCGGUUCGCCGAGCAUCAGGGACAAAUCAAUAUCGUUCGGAUAUGGCCUGGAGAUAGCGCCGAGACCCACUACCUGCAUUGGGAUCGCGGGCGACAAACGGAUGUUCCACGAGGUGAGAAAGCUAAAGCAGCUGACGGAGGAGUCGCAGCGCGAGUUCCUCGAGGAGCGCUACAAGCCGGGCGUUAGCAAGGUAGUUCGCUUUGAUGCCAACAUGAAGGUUGAGGAUUAUGUGGUAAAGAACGAGAUGUUUACCUGCAAUGUGGAGAACACCAUUCUGGAAACCUUUGAGCCGAUACCAUUUGCGGAUGAGGGCGACGAGGAUGCUCUGGAGACGCUGCGCAACUGCAAGACGGAGAAUGCCGAGGACCUACUGGAUGCCAUCAAUCAGGCCACACGCGGUCAGGAGCUGCCCCUGGCGGAGGCCAUUAACACGCCGCUCCUACUGCAGCAGCAGAGAUGCCGAGGGCGACUGGACAAGAGCCACAGUACGCCCGCCUACGACAAUUCGGGCGAGGAAUCGGACACACCACCAGCAAUAGAGCCGCGCAAGGAGUUUCUGCUCGUCACGCCGCCUGCACCGCCGCCCAGACCGCGCAAGCAGCGGGAGAUGACGCCGCCAGUAGUGCCACCGCCGCCGCCAAAGCCCGCCAGCAUGCAGCCAGCUGGCAGUGUCACUAGCAUCUCCAUUCCUGUGCCUGUGCAUGUGCCAGUACCGACAACACCCGUGGAGUCUCCCUCAGAGAUCAGCGAGCUGCAUACACCGAGCAAGUCCCGCACCUUGACCCUCAAGAAGAAGCACAGUCUGAUGGCCAAGCGGCGAAACACGAACCUGAAGCUCCUUGGCACCGGCGACAUCCAGGGGCACCUGUACAGGCGUAAAAAGAAUCAUCGCGGCGUCACCUACUGGGCGAGGAUCUACUUUGUGAUGCUAGAUACGAUUCUGUAUGGGUUCCGCAGCAAGGAGAGCACUAGCGCCAGCCUGGUGAUCUUCCUGCCCGGCUUCACAGUCUCGCUGGCCAAGGAGGUGCACUCGAAGCCGCACGCCUUCAAGGUAUACCACACGGCCAAGAGCUUUUACUUUGCGGCGGAGUCAUUAAACGCCCUCAAUCAGUGGGUGGAUUUUCUGCGCCAGGCCUCGCUCAAGGUGCCGCAAGGCUCGGCAUCGCGCGAUGCGGGAGAUGCCAAGGAUCUGUAUUCGGAGAACGACAGCUCGGGUGAGGAGUGCGACGCCCUGGUGGCCAAUAACCUGAGCACACCUUCGCCGCAGGGCAAUAAGGAGGCGAUGUCUGCCUCCUCGCUGGUGCUACCUGGCGGAACGCCGCCGUCGGCCGGGCCCACGAAGCAUGAGCGUGGAUAUCUGGACUCCUUUCGGAAGUUCACUAUGGGGAAGAUGGGCAAGAGCAGUGCGGCGAAGCCAUCGAGCGAUAUACCAGUGCCAACGGAGCAGUAUCGUAGCUACAGGAAAGUACCUGGCGGCAGUUUUGGCAUCCAGAUAGGAGCCAAUACACCGGGCUACCAUGAUCCCGCCAUGCCGCCCACACAGAUCACACCCUUGGCGGCCGCACCCAAAUUGUCGCGCAGUUCCAGUCGAAGUUCCGUGGUCAGCGGCACAGAAUCCGCCGUUUCCGUCUCGGCUUCGAUUCUGGGACCGCCAACGUCGCCGGCGCCGACUCCCACCGCAGCCACGCCCACUUCGCUGCAGCACCAGAGCUCCGAGGAAAGCCCCAGCCAGAGCCAGAGUCAAAGUCCCAGCAGCAAGUCGAGUUUGAAGAAGGUUCCCUACAACUUCCUGCACGCCUCGAAUCCAAACUUGGUGGAGUUCGACUUUCACACCUCGAAAACGCUGCUGCCGAAGAUGAGUGUGGGCACUACGUUGGACCAUGGCCACAAUAUCCAGGGCUUUGUGACGCUCAAGGCAUUGAUGCUGCGCAAGCAGGAGGAGGAGGCCCAGGAGAUGUACAACAACCGUGUUCAUCUCGGCGUCGAGAAGCACAAGCAUGCACGCACAGAGUCAACGGCCAGCCAACAAAGUGCCAUGAGUAGCAGCAGCAGUGUGGCGAAGCCCCUGGAAAAGCUGCCCAAGAUCCAAAGCGUGAGUCUACCCAAAACGCCGGACUACGAGAUAAGCUUCAAGCCGGAUGACGAGAGUAUUAAGCGAACUAGGGGAAGAGAGGGUCAGAAGCUGCGAGACUUUGGCUACGAGCUUAUUUGCGGCGAUGAGCCGAGCUCAAGUUCAAGCUCCAGGCAGGAGCAUCAUCAUCAUCAUCACCACCAGCAGCAACAGCAACAACAGUAUCAGCAGCAGCAGCCGCCGCAGCCGCAGCAGCAGAGUAGCAAGACCAAGCACUUCCUGCGCUCUCAGCAGCUACAGUUCUCCAGCUUUCUGCACAAGACCAGCAGCAGCGGCAGCUCCGGAUCCACCUCAGAGUCGAAGAAGAGCAAGAGUAAGUCGGGCAGCGAUCGGCGCUUUCCUUUCUCCAAGCACUCGACCGGAUCCACAGGCAGUUCAUCCGGCCAUGCGAUGACCAUGACGCUGCCUUUGAACAAAAAAUCCAAAUCGAAUCACGCCCUGGACGGAACGGGAGGCAAUGGAUUGCCCUUGGGUGGCGGUGGCGGUGGGAGCAGUAUCAAGAAGAGCCAGACGUACAAUCAGGACUUGCGGGUGGGCACCAAGUACGAUGCACAUCGCAAGAACUCAGCCCCAAUACCCAUCUUCUCGAAGCUUUCCAUUUCGGGUGGAACACCAGUCAAGCCUUCGAAGGAGAAUCGCUUAUUCGGCUCACCGUUGCUGCAUCGCACCCUCUUUGGCCACCACCAUCAUCAGCAGCAGCAACAGUUGCCGCCAAUGACUCCGCCCAGCAGUGCGGAUCCCGAUUGCGAUCAAGAGAUCUUCUCGCAGAUCACCCUGCCCACGCACAAUCAGGCGGGCUAUCGAAGCUACAGGGGACCUGGCAUCAUGACCACAUCCACCACCAAUUUGUGCUCUUCGGAGGGGCUGCAGCCACCCUUGCCGCCGGCACCGCCGCCUCCGAUACAGGCCAACAGGCAGCGAGGAGGCGAGGAGGAGGCACAGUCGCAACCAGAGCCGGAAGAGAGAGUUGCGGCAUCGGAGGGUGCAGCCACGCCGAAAGUUUCAAACUCUGGUUCCGUGGACUCGAAAGCGGCCACCCCAGACUAUCCGAACAUGGAGUGUCCGCCAGUGUUUGAGCCGGAGAUUUACUCGCUAACUGAUACCAGCUUGUCCCGGCUGAUGAUGCGGACCGCCAGCAACAGUGGUGCUGCUGGCUGCACCAAUAAUAACAACACCAACAGCAGUCCCAGUGGCAGCGAACAACCACAACAACACCAACACCAUCAGACCUCAUAGAAGGAGUGUGGAGGAGAUGGCAAAACCAAUUGUGAAUGCUCGCGGGGAUUAGGCCCCCGCUUACUUAUGUAUUUAUACACACGCAUAUAUAGAGAGAUAUAUAUACAUAUACUCGUACGAUAUAGGUAUACACGCAACCUGUUCAUUUCUUCGUCUUCCCUGUGUCCACCAGCCAGAACCUACUACCUGUCGAGUCCCUCUCACACACAACUUAGAUGUAAAUGUUUUUUAAUCUGCCUUAUUUGCAUUGCUUCGGUUCUAGGUACAAAACACACAUUGAAUUGUAGCAAAGAGAUACACAUAUAUAUAUUAACUUUAGAAGAAGUCUGUGCAUCGAAGAGGAAAAGCGUAGUUCUUUAUGAUUUGCCUUUGUACGGGGAUUAACCAAGUUAAUCCGAGCUGUUUGAUUUGCUCAACAGUUUGUGUCUAGAUUACAUGUAUUAUAUUAUAUGAUUAUGCGAAACGAGAUAUUAUUGUAGAGCGGUUUCCAGCGACGCCAAGUGGAUCCACAAAAUGUUGUAGCAAAUAAACAUAAUAAAUCUAUAUAUAUACACAUACACGAAUUAUACAUGCAUACGAAUAAAGUCAACUGUAUAUACUAA